AUGAACAUUUGUGGAAAAGCCACGGAGCAACAACAGAUCAUGGAAGGGAAAAAUGUCAGAGUGACGGGAACACCAGCUGCCCGCGAACUCCACCAGGGAGCUGGUGGCUACCUUCCCAGGCCAUCCGAUUCGUUCCGGACCACCGGUCACAUUCGCAUUUCCAACGCGACUGGCUUUACCAAACGUCCCGAAUGGGCUCAGAAGGCGGCUGGCUCCUUUGUAACGACGGAGCUGCCGUCGCCCGUCUCCACUGGGCGCGGGGCGACAGUACAUUGCAGGAGAGGGUGGAGGGGAGCGCGGAGGCCGCAGCCAGCAAUAGGGAGGCUGGGCCGCAGCGCCACCGACCCAACCGGCGGCGGGCGGGACGCGGAACUCGAAUCACCCCGGGGAGGCUGGGAGCAGGGGGCGGGGGCCCGGAGGGGUGGGGCCGGAGGGCGGGGCGGGCGCUUGGGGCCCUAUGAGUGGCCGACUGGGUCCACAGCUCCCGCCUCUCGGCCAAUGGAGUUAGAGGGGGCGGGGCGGGGCGGGGCGGGGCCGGCGCGGAUUGGCGGGGCGUUGGGAGGGGCGGGGCGGCAGUGCGGGGCUGAGAUUGAUCGAGCGCGGGGGCCCCAGCGGCACAGAGUGAUCGCGGCAGCCGGCGGCUGCGGGCUGCCGCUCUGGGCUCCGUCCGGUGCGUUUCCGCGCCCGCCGAGCCCACGCUGGACCAGGGACGCCCCGCGCGCGCGCUGCCGGCCGGACUUCGCACUCGCUCACCGUCUUUGUGUCUUUUCCUUCCCCGCCCUCCGCUCUCUCCUCCCGCCCUCCGCCCGCUCGCCCGCCGACUCCGGCCGCCACGAUGCCUCCGCUCCCCGCGGCCGACGCCGCCGACGCGCUCCGCCCGCGGCGCCCUGCUCGCUUCUGCUGCUCCUGCGGCGGCGGCGGAGGAAGAAGAGGAAGCGGGGCGCUCCCUCCGGCCCAUGCCGCCGCCCCGGCCCGGGACCCGCCACGGCCCCCGCGCCGCCGCCCUCGCCGGAGCCCACGAGAGCUGCAUGGACGGGCAUGGGCUUGAGAGCAGCAUCGCCCUCCUGCGCCGCCGCCGCCCCAGCCUCCGCCGCCGCUGCCGCCGGGGCUGAGCCGCGCCGCCGCCCCCGCCGCCGCCCCAGGCUCGGCCCGCCGCCCCUGGCGCUGCUGCUGCUGUUGCUGCUCAGCCUUGGGCUGCUUCAUGCAGGUGACUGCCAGCAGCCAGCCCAGUGUCGAAUCCAGAAAUGCACCACGGACUUUGUGUCCCUGACUUCACACCUGAACUCCGCCGUCGAUGGCUUCGACUCUGAGUUCUGCAAGGCUCUGCGUGCCUACGCUGGCUGCACCCAGCGGACUUCCAAAGCCUGCCGUGGUAACCUCGUGUACCACUCUGCUGUGUUGGGUAUCAGCGACCUCAUGAGCCAGAGAAACUGUUCCAAGGAUGGACCCACAUCGUCUACCAACCCGGAAGUGACCCAUGACCCUUGUAACUAUCACAGGGGCGGGGGCCAGAACCCUCCCAAUUACCUUUUCUGUGGCUUGUUCGGAGACCCUCACCUUAGAACUUUCAAGGAUCACUUCCAGACAUGCAAAGUGGAAGGGGCUUGGCCGCUCAUAGACAAUAAUUAUCUUUCGGUUCAAGUGACGAACGUGCCCGUGGUCCCCGGAUCCAGUGCUACUGCGACAAAUAAGAUCACCAUCAUCUUCAAAGCGCACCGGGAGUGUACGGAUCAGAAAGUGUACCAAGCCGUGACCGAUGACCUGCCGGCCGCCUUCGUGGACGGCAGCACCAGCGGCGGGGACGGCGACCCCAAGAGCCUGCGGAUCGUGGAGCGGGAGAGCGGCCGCUCAGUGGAGAUGCACGCGCGCUACAUGGGGACCACGGUGUUCGUGCGGCAGCUGGGCCGCUACCUGACGCUGGCCAUCCGCAUGCCCGAGGCGCUGGCCAUGGCCUACGAGGAGAGCCAGGACCUGCAGCUGUGCGUGACCGGCUGCCCCCUGGGCGAGCGCAUCGACGAUGGGCAGGGCCAGGUAUCCGCCAUCCUGGGGCCCAGCCUGCCCCGCAGCCCCGCGACCGCGGCCUGGCCCGGCUACACGCUAGAGACAGCCAGUGCACGGUGCCACGAGCAAAUGCCGGUGAAGGACAUCUACUUCCAGUCCUGUGUAUUUGACCUGCUCACCACCGGCGAUGCCAACUUCACGGCCGCCGCGCACAGCGCCCUGGAGGACGUGGAGGCGCUGCACCCCAGGAAGGAACGCUGGCAUAUUUUCCCGAGCAGUGCCCGCGGGGCUCCCCGUGGACGCCCCCUGUCGUCUGUCAGUCUGGGACUCACAUGUUUGAUCCUUGUUGUGUUUUUGUAAGGGAUUGUCUUUUUCGUUUUUUUUUUUUUUCCCUGUUCCGUUUCUCCUGUCUAUAACAAAAUUUUUAAAAAAUAUAUAUUGUCAUAAUAUAUUGAGUAAAAAGAGUAUAUAUGUAUAUACCAUGUAUAUGACAGGAUGCGUGUGUCCCGGGAUGCCCACCUGAUUUGUACAUAUCGCGUUUGGCUGUUUUCCACGUAAUGUUGGAUGUAGUGUUUUGGACCGUUACCAAUUUUGGUUUUUGGUGUUUUGGUUUUGUUUUUUGUUUUUUGUUUUUUUUUUUUUGCAGUUUUGUGAAAUGUUUUAUAAUGUCCCUGCCCGGGGACCUGUUAGAAAGCACUUUAUUUUUUAUAUAUUAAAUAUUUAUGUGUGUACCUGGUCAGUACGUAUAUAGUACACGCGCACAGACACCGGAUGCGUCUCGCGCCCUUGGCAGAGGACCGGCGACCUCGUUUGCAGCUCUUGCUGGCGGUGCCCUCACGGCCUUGGCCAUCACCGCGCCCAGCUUUCACCUGCUGCCCUCCUGGUGCCACUGCCUCGUUCUUUGGAACUAGGUCCUUGCCCACUUCUCCUGCCCUCGCUCCAUGCGGAAGGAUUGUUAACCGCCCCACCCCACCCCCCGACAGGUGCUUUUGGCUGUUAAACACUGAUUCUAGGAAGCCCUCUCCCUCUUGGACAGCUGCCACUUGUUUUCAGAGGGUGGGGAGAAUGUUAGCACAGUUCUUAUUAACUAGGAUUGUUACAUCCGAGCACUUAGAGCGUGGCAGGUUAAACGGUAUGGAACUGCUGUUUUUCGAGGUCGGGAGGGGCUCCAGAUGGCAAUGGGUAAGGAGAUAGCAGGCACCUUGCUAGAGCCCUCUCAGACUUCUGUCAUCCCUCAUUCCCUGUUCAAACUGUUUCUUUUCCCUCUUUUAACUCCAUUCUACAUUGAACAAAGAACGGCAAACACCUAAGUGCAGCGAUCGUGCCUUGCUCGUCCCUCUGUGAUUUGUACAAGCCCGCGUUCUCAGCCGCCUCCUCUCCGGCUGUCUGGACUUGUACUCACCGUGUCCACGCCCAGUAAGCCCUCCCCAGGCUCAUUCUUGGAGCCCGGGAGCCCAGGCUCUGGGGUGUAUUUGAUUCUUUCAUGUGAAGACCCAGAUCCCAUCACAAAGGUUUCCUCUUCCUUGCCACCCCCCCCCCCCCCCCCACC